AUGUCGACCACACGUCUUACAAGUAAAGACAUCGGAUAUGUUCCCGGGCAACUCCCGCCAGGACCCAAAAACUCCAUCCUCGAUGUUCCAGGAGUCUAUGUCGGUCAGAAUACCGUCGGAAAUGAUGGCGACGAUGCCCGUAAAGGCGUUACUGUUAUUUUCCCCCGCCAUCCUGAUGAUAUCACUAUUCCCUGUUAUGCGGGGUUACACACGCUUAACGGAAACGGGGAAUUAAGCGGAAACUACCAGAUCAAAGAUUGGGGAUAUUCUAAUACCCCAAUCGCAAUAACCAAUUCCCUCUCCCUAGGAACCGUCUACCAAGCUCUCUGGCAGCGCGUUCUGGAUCUCGCCGCCAAAAAAGAAUCUCCCAUUGAAGAAGUCUCUCAUAAUUACGGUACACCCAUUGUAGGCGAAACCGCCGAUUUCAUCCUCAACGAUGUGUAUAAAUCGCCAUUAACUCUCGAAGAAGUAAAACCUGCGUUUGAGAAUGCGAUGACGCAGGGAGAAGUUCAGGAAGGUCAGUAUGGAGGGGGAGCUGGUAUGACUUGUCAUUUGUUUCCGGGUGGGACGGGGACGAGUUCGAGGGUUUUUGGAGAGGUGCCUUGGGAGAGUGGGGAGGGGGAGAAGAAAUUUACGGUGGGUGUGUUGGUGCAGAGUAAUUAUGGACAUUUGAGAGAUUUUAUAGUUGGUGGUGUACCGAUUGGAAGGUUGUUGUUGAAAGAGAGUAAGGAGUUGGAGGAGAAGGAGAGGGCGAGUGAAAAAAACGGGAAGAUUGGGGAGGGCAGUAUCAUCAUUAUUUUGAUUACCGAUGCACCACUUCUUCCUCAUCAGCUCAACCGCGUUGCUCGUCAUUGCGCUGUAGGACUUUCCCAAGUCGGUGGCCAUGGCGUUGGCCGCAAUCACUCCGGGGAUAUAAUCCUCGCUCUCUCGACCGGCAACAGACCUAACGAGACGGUCGGUACACCACAAGUCAACGGACUCUCAAAGAUCGAAAUCAACGAUAUUAAAGUCAUCCGAAAUGAAAGUAUCGAGACACUCUUCCGAGCCGCAAGUGAAGCUACUGAAGAAGCGAUUUUGAAUUCGAUUAUUGCAGGAAGAAAUGGGAGAACGGGUGUAAAUGGGUAUAGAUUGGAGGGAUUGCCUGUGGAGAAAGUGAAAGAGUUCGUGGAGAAGUAUAGAGUGAAUAUUGAUGAUGAGAGCUGUCUUUCUUCGGGGGAAUAUCUUACGUUGCCAAAUAAGGGUGUGCAGUAA